CAGGUUUUGCGGCCGCGCCUUCUCCUCCCCCGCCCGGCUCCCGCCGCUCACUCGCUCCCUCCUCCCUCCCUGGCUCGCUCCUAGCCCUCCCUCCCCGCGCCGCUGCAGAGCGCGGAGCCCGAGCGGGAGCCGGCGCGGGAGCCGGAGCGGGCGGCGGGCGACAGCGCAGGCGGCGGCGGCGGUGGGUCCUGGUCCUGGCCCCGGAGGGCGCGGAGUCCCCACCCGCGCCGCUCCGGCCCCUUUCCCGACGCGAGGCGCCGAGCAGCAUGCGCGGCCGCUGCCCGCCGGCCCCGGCCUCGCGGCGGAGCGCGCCCGGCCUCGACCCCGGCCCCAGCGGCAGAGGCGGCGGCGGCGGCUCCGGGCCGGCCCAGGGGGAAGAAGCAGGCUCGCGCAGCCCGUGUCGCGCGGCCUGAGCGCGCCCGCCCCUCCGCCCGCCGGGGCCGCGGCCUCCCGCCUCCCCACUCCCGAGCCCCGGCCCCGGCCCCGGCUCCGGCUCGGCUCCCGCCUGCGCGGGGCAGACAGACGGACAGCCAGCCCGACAGCCAGCCCCGCGAGGGCGCGCGGACUGCCGGGCGGAGGUGUCGGAGGAGGAGGAAACGGAGGAGGGGGCUGGGCAGGGGCUGGGGCCUGGCCGGGCCGGCUGGAGAGACAUGCGAUUGGUGACCGAGCCGAGCGGACCGAAGGCGCGCCCGAGAUGCAGGUGAGCAAGAGGAUGCUGGCGGGGGGCGUGAGGAGCAUGCCCAGCCCCCUCCUGGCCUGCUGGCAGCCCAUCCUCCUGCUGGUGCUGGGCUCAGUGCUGUCAGGCUCAGCCACGGGCUGCCCGCCCCGCUGCGAGUGCUCCGCCCAGGACCGCGCUGUGCUGUGCCACCGCAAGCGCUUUGUGGCAGUCCCCGAGGGCAUCCCCACCGAGACGCGCCUGCUGGACCUAGGCAAGAACCGCAUCAAAACGCUCAACCAGGACGAGUUCGCCAGCUUCCCGCACCUGGAGGAGCUGGAGCUCAACGAGAACAUCGUGAGCGCCGUGGAGCCCGGCGCCUUCAACAACCUCUUCAACCUCCGGACGCUGGGUCUCCGCAGCAACCGCCUGAAGCUCAUCCCGCUAGGCGUCUUCACUGGCCUCAGCAACCUGACCAAGCUGGACAUCAGCGAGAACAAGAUCGUUAUCCUGCUGGACUACAUGUUCCAGGACCUGUACAACCUCAAGUCACUGGAGGUUGGCGACAAUGACCUCGUCUACAUCUCCCACCGCGCCUUCAGCGGCCUCAACAGCCUGGAGCAGCUGACGCUGGAGAAAUGCAACCUGACCUCCAUCCCCACCGAGGCGCUGUCCCACCUGCACGGCCUCAUCGUCCUGAGGCUCCGGCACCUCAACAUCAAUGCCAUCCGGGACUACUCCUUCAAGAGGCUGUACCGACUCAAGGUCUUGGAGAUCUCCCACUGGCCCUACUUGGACACCAUGACACCCAACUGCCUCUACGGCCUCAACCUGACGUCCCUGUCCAUCACACACUGCAAUCUGACCGCUGUGCCCUACCUGGCCGUCCGCCACCUAGUCUAUCUCCGCUUCCUCAACCUCUCCUACAACCCCAUCAGCACCAUUGAGGGCUCCAUGUUGCAUGAGCUGCUCCGGCUGCAGGAGAUCCAGCUGGUGGGCGGGCAGCUGGCCGUGGUGGAGCCCUAUGCCUUCCGCGGCCUCAACUACCUGCGCGUGCUCAAUGUCUCUGGCAACCAGCUGACCACGCUGGAGGAAUCAGUCUUCCACUCGGUGGGCAACCUGGAGACACUCAUCCUGGACUCCAACCCGCUGGCCUGCGACUGUCGGCUCCUGUGGGUGUUCCGGCGCCGCUGGCGGCUCAACUUCAACCGGCAGCAGCCCACGUGCGCCACGCCCGAGUUUGUCCAGGGCAAGGAGUUCAAGGACUUCCCUGAUGUGCUACUGCCCAACUACUUCACCUGCCGCCGCGCCCGCAUCCGGGACCGCAAGGCCCAGCAGGUGUUUGUGGACGAGGGCCACACGGUGCAGUUUGUGUGCCGGGCCGAUGGCGACCCGCCACCCGCCAUCCUCUGGCUCUCACCCCGAAAGCACCUGGUCUCAGCCAAGAGCAAUGGGCGGCUCACAGUCUUCCCUGAUGGCACGCUGGAGGUGCGCUACGCCCAGGUACAGGACAACGGCACGUACCUGUGCAUCGCGGCCAACGCGGGCGGCAACGACUCCAUGCCCGCCCACCUGCAUGUGCGCAGCUACUCGCCCGACUGGCCCCAUCAGCCCAACAAGACCUUCGCUUUCAUCUCCAACCAGCCGGGCGAGGGAGAGGCCAACAGCACCCGCGCCACUGUGCCUUUCCCCUUCGACAUCAAGACCCUCAUCAUCGCCACCACCAUGGGCUUCAUCUCUUUCCUGGGCGUCGUCCUCUUCUGCCUGGUGCUGCUGUUUCUCUGGAGCCGGGGCAAGGGCAACACAAAGCACAACAUCGAGAUCGAGUAUGUGCCCCGAAAGUCGGACGCAGGCAUCAGCUCCGCCGACGCGCCCCGCAAGUUCAACAUGAAGAUGAUAUGAGGCUGGGGCGGGGGGCAGGGACCCCCGGGCGGCCGGGCACGGGAAGGGGCCUGGCCGCCACCUGCUCACUCUCCAGUCCUUUCCACCUCCUCCCUACCCUUCUACACACGUUCUCUUUCUCCCUUCCGCCUCUGUCCCUUGCUGCCCCCGGCCAGCCCUCACCACCUGCCCUCCUUCUACCAGGACCUCAGAAGCCCAGACCUGGGGACCCCACCUACACAGGGGCAUUGACAGACUGGAGUUGAAAGCCGACGAACCGACACGCGGCAGAGUCAAUAAUUCAAUAAAAAAGUUACGAACUUUCUCUGUAACUUGGGUUUCAAUAAUUAUGGAUUUUUAUGAAAACUUGAAAUAAUAAAAAGAGAAAAAAAACUAUUUCCUAUAGCUAGUCGGAAUGCAAACUUUUGACGUCCUGAUUGCUCCAGGGCCCUCUUCCAACUCAGUUUCUUGUUUUUCUCUUCCUCCUACUCCUCUUCUUCCUCCUUUCUCUUCUCUUCCCCAGUGGGGAGGGAUCACUCAGGAAAACAGGAAAGGAGGUUCCAGCCCCACCCACCUGCCCACCCCGCCCCAGGCGCCAUCAGGAGCAGGCUAGGGGGCAGGCCUGGGCCCAGCUCCGGGCUGGCUUUUUGCAGGGCGCAGGUGGAGGGGACAGGUCUGCCGAUGGGGGUGGGAGCCUGUCUGCUGGGCUGCCAGGCGGCACUACUGCAAGGGGUGGGAGCCUGGCUCGGGUGUGGCUGAGACUCUGGACAGGGGCUGGGGUCCUCCUGGGGGACAGCACAGUCAGUGGAGAGAGCCAGGGGCUGGAGGUGGGGCCCACCCCAGCCUCUGGUCCCAGCUCUGCUGCUCACUUGCUGUGUGGCCUCAAGCAGGUCACUGGCCUCUCUGGGCCUCAGUCUCCACAUCUGUACAAAUGGGAGCAUUACCCCCUGCCCUGCCUACCUCACAGGGCUGUUGUGAGGAAUUGAUGAGAUGAUGUAUGUGAACCACUUUGUAACCUGUAAAGCGCUGUGCACACGUGUGGGUGA